CAUAAAGACAAACAGUAAUCGAGUGAAUUCAAUCACUCUUGAAGUAGCAUUUGAUAAGCUAAAUAGCAACAAGAUAACGUUGGUAAAAUUAUAAAUUCUAGAUUAAAAAAUAAUUUAUCAUUGAUAGUAGGUAGGUGCCACAACUAUGAUCAAGUACGUGGCUCUAUUGGGAUUUUCUUUGUUGUUAGUGUCAGCAAUAGACCAUACAGUUUUCAAAAACUGUAGUGAGACACCAUUUUGUACACGACUCCGUAAUGAAGUAUUAGACGUUAAAAAACAAUAUUUUGCUCAAAUAACCCAAGUAACUUCAGAAGAAAAUGUUUUAACUGUACCGCUGGAAAAUAAAAAUGGAGAAAAACUUAAUUUGUUGGUUUAUCUCCUGGGAAAUAAAUCUAGGGUCAAGAUUCAAGAAUUAGAGAAUAAAAGAUUCGAGUUGGGAGAUAUUGUGAUUAUUGAAGACCUCAAAACAGUAGAAUUCACUCAAAAAGUUGAUGAUGAUGAAUUAUCCAUCAUAUCCAAAGAUGACUCCAAAUACAAAGUAGUAGUUACUAAAGGGCCUCCAUUUACCGUCAAAUUUUACUAUCAAGAUAAACUCCAAGUCAUUUUGAAUGGAGAUAGGCUUCUAAUGGAGAAUACAAAGGAAAGUCAGGCAUUCACCUUCAAAGUAGAAUUUCCAGAAUCUGAAAAACUAUACGGUUUGCACGACCAUGCAUGGACUAUGUCCUUAGGAGAUACUAACGAUGGUACAACUACAUCAAUGGAUCCGUUCCGUUUAAGGAAUUCCGAUUCUUGGGGUUAUGAAGCUAAUUCACCAAUGGCUUUAUACGGUUCUAGGCCUGUAAUAUAUGGACAUUCAACAUCUCAAACAUCUGGAAUAUUUCUUCAUAACGCUGCAGAGCAAUGGAUAGAUGCAGCUUCGACGGACGAAAACCCUUCCGCUUAUUUUAUUGUACAUAGCGCUGCUUUUGAUUUAUUUGUUUUACAUGGACCUUCUCCAAAGGAUAUUGUUAGGCAAUUCACCGGUUUAACAGGCAAAGCUCAUUUACCUCAAAUAUGGGCACUUGGUUACCAUCAAUGUCGAUUUUCAUACAAAUCUCAAGAAGACGUGAAAACAGUUGCUGCUUCAUUGGAUGCUAACAACUUUCCAUGGGAUGCUAUUUGGCUUGAUGGAGAUCAUACCGACGAUUACAGAUGGUUCCAUUGGAAUAGCACAACUUAUACUGAUCCAGUUGAACUUCAACAAAAUAUCUCGGCUACAGGAAGAGUGUGCGUCUCAAUUUCCGACCCUCACAUCAAGGUAGAGGAUAGUUAUGACGUUUAUGCUGGUGCCAAAGGAAAAUAUUUUGUUAAAUGGGCCAAUGGAACUGAUUAUCAAGCUGAUUGUUGGCCUGGAGCUUCAAGUUGGAUAGAUUAUAUGGAUCCGGAAGCUUCAGACUAUUACGGUAAAUGGUACGCGUAUGAUAAAUUUAACGGUUCUACACCGACCUUAGCAGGAAUUUGGAAUGACAUGAAUGAACCUGCGGUAUUCGAUGACACUAUAGAAAAAUCAAUGCCGUACGAAUUGGUACAUUAUGGAAACGUUACACAUGGAAACAUACACAACAUUUACGGUUUCCUACAAACCAGAUCAACUCACAAAGGACUACUAGAUAGAGACAACAAAGAGAAACGUCCCUUCAUUCUAACCAGAUCUCAUUUUGCUGGAUCACAAAGGUACGCAGCGAUGUGGACUGGAGACAACACCGCCACCUGGGAACACUUUGCUAAUUCUUAUUCUCAAUGUAUGAAUGCGAAUAUGAUGGGUAUGGUCUUCUGUGGUGCUGACAUUGGAGGAUUUAUCGGUGAUCCCAGCGACGAACUUUUGCAAAGAUGGUAUCAAGGAGCAGUUUGGUUGACGUUUUUCAGAGGACAUUCAAGUAGAGAAAGUAAGAGACGUGAACCAUAUUUAUUUUCUGAGGAAGUUCAGGAGGUUUUAAGAAAAACUUUAUAUGUGAGGUAUCAACACAUUCCAUCGUUCUAUACUCUCUUCUACGAACACACCAGAAAUGGAGAUCCAAUUAUCAGACCUCUAUAUUAUGAGUAUACGUCUGCCAAUGACCUAGAUACGCAAGUACUUGUAGGAACGGAUAUAAUGGGAGUCGCAGUUACCGAGGCACAUGUAAAGACAGUUGAUGUUUACAUUCCUGGCAAUGAAACUACUUAUUGGUAUAGAGUAGACGAUGGUUCUUGGGAUGUUUACGAAGGUGGCAAAACGGAAAAAACCAAAGUUGAUAUUAAUACUUCUCCAUACUAUUACAGAGCUGGAAGUAUAAUUUUCAGGAAAGAUGUGCCAAGAAAAUCCGCUGUAGCAGCAAUACAUGACCCUAUGAGCGUCUACGUUAAUUUAGACCAGGACAAUAAAGCUUAUGCCCGACUUUAUGUGGACGACUACUACAGUUUCAAUUACGAAAAUAAUAAGGACUAUUUCUAUGUUCAAGUGGAAUAUGAUGCAAAUCUUGAUUAUUUACGUAUAGCACGAAUUGAUGGAGAAGAUACUGGAAUGGACGUGACUAUAUCUAAUAUUGUCGUUCAUAAAAUAAAAAAUGAAGACAAAGAUAAAUUACGAUCACAAAAGAAGGUUUAUUCCAAAACUGCAGAUGGUAUAUCUUUGAAGAAUCUUGAUGUUGCAAAAGAAUUACGUGCUUCAAAAUCACAAGAAAUAAUAAUAAAAUUGUAAUUUUACUGAAAUAUAUUUAAUAAUUUUUUGUUCUCUUAAA